ACAUCAGUUUACCUCAAAAGUGAGUGAGAAGGUGUCCUCAAAGUCAGUUCCCUCGUAGGUGAGAAGUGACUCCAGGUUGCUGCCUACCGACGGGUGCAACUGCUUCAGAUCUGUCAGGUCCGUCGGCCUGCAGAUGCAGGGAGGUGAAAAGAAGGUGGGUUGGAGAAAAGGUGGGUUGCACCAAGGCAGAGAAAAGGCGGGUCUACAGACCUACAUACCAAGG